AUGAAGGAACUUGUCGUUUUGAUCACGGGCGGUGCGUCUGGCAUCGGGCGAGCUACAGCUCACAAGCUCGCAAGUCGAGGCAUAUCCGUUGUCCUUGCAGAUAUGAAUCAAGAGCAAGGAACAGCUGUUGCGAAUGAGGUUGCGCAGAAAUGGAAAGUACGCACCAAGUUUCAGAAACUAGAUGUCACCCAGGAGGCUGAAGUCAAGGAGGCGGUGGCAGCAGCCGCAAGCUUGACUGGACGGCUGGAUUUUGCUGCAAACUGCGCAGGAGUCUGCGAGUCGGUAUGGGAUGAGGAGGAAAGCAUAACUACGGAAUUGUUUGAGAGAACGCAUGCCGUUAAUACACUAGGCCUUUGGCUUUGCCAGAAAUACGAGGCGCUACAAAUGCGAACGCAAGAACCUCGAUCUAUAUCCUUUACACCUGUCCCGGAACAUGAAAUCCCAGGACAAAGAGGGGCUAUUGCUAAUGUAGUGUCGAUUUCCGGGCUACAUGCUGGAGGGCUGGCUGCAUAUACCCCGAGCAAAUAUGCAGCAGCUGCCGUAUCGAAGAAUGGGGCGAAAUUUUAUGGUCCAAAUGGCAUUCGAGUCAAUGCUCUCUGCCCCGGCUGGACCAUGACCCCCAUGAUCGAACACAGCAUGGGCAAGGAAGGCGCUAUAGGGUCUCAGGAGAAUCAGGAGUCACCGGUGAACCAGAAAAUUUCUCUGAGACGGAUGGCCUUUGCUGAAGAGCAGGCUAAUGUGCUAAGCUUUCUACUCAGUGAUGAAAGCAGCUAUAUGAAUGGUUCAUUGAUUGUCAAUGAUGGUGGCUAUCAUGAUAUUCGCUAA